AUGGAGAAUCCAUUCAGCCCCUCAACCCUGUCGCCCGCGCCCAACCUCUCCAUACCCAUCUCGCUGGGGUGGGGUCUCAACCUGACUUCCGGACAGGGAGCCCCAGCCCCGGGGCCACCGCUGCCGCCGCCACUGCCGUACGGCCCUCCCAGCCGCCUGGUCGUCCUGGGAGUCAUCCUGGUGGUGGCUGUGGCCGGUAACGCCAUGGUGCUGUGCCGCCUGUGCGGCGGCGGCGGACCCUGGGCGGGUCCCAAGCGUCGCAAGAUGGACUUCCUGCUGGUGCAACUGGCCCUGGCCGACCUGUACGCAAGCGGCGGCACUGCGCUGUCACAGCUGGCCUGGAAACUAAUAGUCGAGCCGCGUCGGGCCGCGGGCGACCAGGCAUGCCGCUUUGUGCAGCUCCUGCAGGUAUCCGGCCGGGGUGCCUCGGCCCACCUCGUGGUGCUCAUUGCCCUAGAGCGCCAGCGCGCGGUGCGCUGUCCGCAGGGCCCGCUGCUGCCCGCGCGCGCACUCGCCACCCUGGGCUGGCUGCUGGCGCUGCUGCUGGCGUUACCCCCCGCCUUCGUGGUGCGCGGCGGUUCCCCCUCGACGCCACACACCGCCCCCCCAGCCACCCACGCCUGGCCAGGAGAGCGUCGCUGCCGGGGCAUCUUCGCGCCCCUGCCGCGCUGGCACCUGCAGGUCUAUGCGCUCUUUGAAGCCGCCACGGGAUUCGCGGCACCAGUCACGGUCCUGGGCGUCGCUUGCAGCCGCCUGCUCUGUUCCUGGUGGCAGCGUUCGUCCCAUGCCCCAUCGGUUGCGGUGCCCAGGUCGGCGAGUCCCUGCCGAGGCCCUGCGCACAGCGCGCUGCCCCGCGCUAAAGUACAGAGCCUGAAGAUGAGUCUGGCGCUGGCGCUACUGUUCGUGGGCUUCCAGCUGCCCUACUUUGCUUCCCGGCUGGCAGCCGCGUGGUCGUCCGGACCGGUGGGAGACUGGGAGGCUGAGGACCUGGCGGUGGCGCUGCGCCUCGUGGGGGUGACCAACAGUGCUCUCAAUCCCUUCGUCUACCUCUUCUUCCAGGCCGGCGGCUGCCAGCUCCGGGGGCGGCUGCGGAAGCUCCUAGGCGCUCUCUGCUGCGCGCGGGAGGGAGUUGCGGAGGACGAGGGAGCCCAGGGUCACCGGGCGCUCCACCGCCACCGCUGGCCGCGACCCCAUUAUCACCACGCUCGGCGGGAGCAGCCAGAAGAGGGCUAUCUACGCCCACCCCCGCCGCGCCCUCGGUCGCUGCCCUGCUCCUGCGAAAGCGCCUUCUAG